GGAAACUUCAGCCGGGACAGUAUGUUAAGCUGGUGACAAUGACGGCCAACCUCGCACCACCCAUGACGGCCAUCCCGUCCUUCAGUUGGUGCCCGCCUCGAGCGAGACGCGAGGCGCGAGGCGUGAGGCGUGAAGCGUGAGGCACGGGCAGGAUGUGGGAGACCCAUAAUCACUCGAACAUGUCGCGAGUCGUCAGUCUGGGGUGUAUGGGAUACAAUUUCGCAGGGAGUCUAAGUUUUACUUGUUGGUUCACAGGCAUUUUGCCCAGUACGAUAAUACUUGACGCUAGCUGUCAUGGUAACAGUCUCGAGCUUCGAUUGUGUCAGGACACGAGCGAGACGGGCUGUUGCCAAGGCACCUGCGAGAGAAGGAGGAUGAAAAAACACAUCUUCCUUUCGUCCGUUACGAAGGACCAUUCCUGGCGGCCCGGUGUGUCUCGUUCGAUGGCUGGCGUGCUUGCUUUUUGUUUGUUGGGCGAGAUCUCUCUCCCUUCUCUGGUCUAAGAUGCUCCCGUCUCACUUAGCUUGAUGUGGCAGAUAUGUCUCGCGGCAAGUCCAGCACCAGGUUAGCGAGAAACCCCCCCCCCCUUUUCUCCCUACAUGCGUUCAUACCUGUUAUACGCGAUCGAGGCCCUUGCCACUGAGUCGUCCAUCCAGCGGAGGAAAUCGUUGAAAUUGUGACCGACAU